CCUCACUCAGGCUCACUGGCAGAAAAAGAGAUUUGUCUCCAUGUCGCCCGAAGAUGACCUACGAUUGCUAGGCAAAAGAACAAGCGGUCUCCCACACUCACUCACUCACUCGCUGACAGUGCACACAGAGCGACAUGGAGGCCAACCACCCUUUGUCCCGUCUGGUCUCGGCAACCGAUCCACGUUCGUUUUUCGCCGCAAUUCAGUUGGUUGAGCAAUGGCUCGUGGACCAGGGCGACUCGACUGUGGCAAAACCAUUGCACUUUUACCUAUCCCGCAUAACAACGAAGCUGUAUGGCGGUACCGGUGACCCGUGCUACCUCUCACGGAAUUUGUCUUCCAAUGAAAAGGAUAUCCUUCUCCGAUUCCUGCGACCGGGCGGCCCUUUCUUCCAAACUCUGUUGAAGUUGCAUGACCGCUCUUUGCUCUACGAGAUCAAAUUCGACCAACUGCCUGCCCCGACGCGGAAAGCUAUCAGCAACUUGGACACAAAUCAACUGCCACCUCUGUAUGCGUCUCGGCUGAAGCAUGAGGAGAGUUCGCGAACUAUGGGCCACAUGAUCGUGACUCCGAAGCGAGGACGCCAGCCGACUGUGAAGAUAAUGUUCAAUAUGUUUGAGUACUACAUGUAUUCAUUCGCGUUAUGUGCGAUUCAGAAGCUAGCGGUAUCUUCGGUACUUGGGGACACUCAAUCCGCGACCGGGCAGUCACCGCAAAAGGGAAUCUUCUCGGCAGUGCCAUUUCCAAAAGCUGUCUCCCCCUGGGCCAAAGAUGGAGCUGCGAGUGCAUCAAACCGAACCCCAUUAUCUCCGAUCUAUUUUGAGCUGGUGGAUGCAUACCUGGACUUCUUUCUACCUGUGUCGUCGAUGAAGGACAAGGACGAACCCCUCACGAACAUCGCAAGUCCGGGGACACCAGGAGGGAUGCGCGGACGGAUGGAGCAUCGGGGAUUGACUACCCCAAUGCGGCGACCUCUGGCGGAACUGACACCUAUGAGGCAGAGUCUGAACAAGGCCGUGCACAAUACCGUGGAACAUUUUUGGAAGCAUGAGCAGCAAUCGCCAGCACAGCAGUCGCGUGCGAAUGUGCUCGGAAAGGUGCAAGGAACACAGAAGGAUACGAAUGUUUUUACGACAAGUGAGAUUGACAUGAGCCAACGGAGGCUUGCAUCUGAGUUCGUUGUGGGGACGUUCGUGGAAGUCUGGCUGUGCCAAAAUGACACAGGAGCUCUGUCCAGCCCUUCCAAGUUGGGACAAAGUAACCCAGGCUACCUAAAACCUGUAGAGUCCCAAAUCAUCUGCAUCAAAUCCCUCAUAUUACAAACGAUCACGGUCGACUUUUAUGAGAUCUAUAGGGCGACCGCGGAUCGGAAUAGGGAUUACAUUGCGUACGAGAUACUGUCUGCGCGCGGGCGGGCAUAUCAAAUCGUGCGACCUAAGCUGUAUUGGUUCUUCCGGUGCGCUUUCGAUUAUUGGCCCCGCGAUGACAGCUUCAUAUCGGUCGUCGAGCUAUGGCUAGCAUACAUCAUGCCAUGGAAACGUCAGAAUCCCGACGCCAAGUACAACGACAGAUGGAUACAAUUCGUCCAUGACAAUUUCAUGUUCUACACCAUCCUCCUCGGCAAAUUCCUCCACCGUGCCAAAGAGUUCGACAUUUUUUCGUCGGUACGCCCAGUGAGCGGCGCUUCGGGUACCAAAACCCUGGUCAAGCCAUAUCUCAAGAUUCUUGAGAUGGUCUUCAAGUCCUUCGAUGAUGAGACGCUUCUAAGUGUUCUAAGGGCGAUCGAGACUGCCAUAUCGUCACUUGAUAACAGGAUGCAGUACGGUACCCGCUUCCAUGCGCGGGAUCUUGGCGGUGUCUAUGAUGGGACGGAGGCGCACUCCAAGGUUCUUCAGACCUUGCUCAACAGCGGCCAUGAGUCGAGGACGAAGCUGAGUCAGAUAGGGGAGAGGCAGGAGUCAAAGCCUGUGUUCCUCAUCAGCAAUGCGACCGCUUCGCCAAGGAAAGCCGAGUCUCUGAAUGUAACCGAUGAGGUCACCAUGAUCUUAUCGAAUCUACUGCACAGCCGUGAGCGACUGCACGCUCUCCUCGAAGGCGGGCCAUCACGGCGCAGUUCUGCCACGAGUCCCACCACCGGCAGGCGCACAUCCCAAUACUUCCUUUCAACUGGCUCCGAACAUCAACCAACCGAACAAACCGAGUGUUUCAAACUUUCACCCUUCCCCUCCGCCGAUCCCAGCGUUUCCUCCUUACUACGCUGGCUAGGAAGCUGCCUCCUCGUUGUCCUUAUCCUUACCAUUACCACGGCUUUCCGCAGUGCACGAAAAGCCAUCGGAUACGUGCAGCGAGAGUUGAAUGACGACGGCCGUCGCCACAGCGACGGGUUAACAAACGCAAACCAGGAGAUCAUCAAGGAAAACAUCAAGAGACUGGAUAAAUGCGCCGACGACAUCAUCGCCGUCUGGGACGGCAAGAUCCCCAAACCGGAAGCCCGACCACCUUCAGGACGUGGGCUCAUGAACAUGCUGUCCCCCGGCGCGUCCCGUCGCACGUCCACCGUGGACCCUAGCAGCCUCCGAGGCGGCGAUGACAGGGACCGUCUGCCAGUGGCAGAGGAGGAGGAAGUCGUUUUCAAAACCGUCUUACCUGGCGUGCUUGCACCCGAAGAGAUUGUGCGGAGGGACGGUGUUGCGGUGUUGACGCAACGGGGGCGGCAGCAGUUGAAGGAGGGGCUGAGGAUGAGCGCCAAGACAGAUAUACCGAUUUUGCCGAGCGACAGGGCGGGGGAUCUGGUUAUGACGUAUGAGUUUGCGUCGCUUGUAAGGUUUUGGAAAUGGGUUGCUGGGGUUUUGGAUGAUGAGUAUGCCGAACUCCGCCACAAGCACCCCCAACUCCCCCAGCUCCCCAGCUUCAUCUGGCUCCGCCACUUCGCCGCAUGGCAGAACAUCGCCUUCUGGAUCCUCGCUUCCGUCGUCUCGUGCUACGGCUUGAAAGUGACUUGGUUAAUCCUCAAAGCCAUAUUUUCUGGCGGUCCGCCCAGCCAGCCGCUGGUGCGAGCGCAGCAUGGUGCGAACUACCAGCGUCCGCAGGGUGGGAUGAGGAAUCAGUAUGGGGUUCAGAGAAACCAUCCGUAGGCAGCAUCCUUUACCAGCUGUUAUUGUUGCAUCAAUAAAUCCGAGGCUCCCGGUUGGAAACGACCGGUGUUGUUCGUUCCCGCAAUCUUGAAAACCGUGGGUCUCUCACAAGCGAAGGGAGGGGUUGCAAUGUUGAGGUCGUAAAUCUUGCGUAGACACCAACGGGGUCAAUAUAUUGUACAGUAGACACAAAAGUUUCAAAGGC